UAUUUUACUGGCGCUAAAGCUCCUACCUAUUUUACACUCCCUAUAUCUUUUUACAAUAUUAAACUAGAAUUAAGUUUAAUAAGGUUUUUUUUUUCUGCUAAUUUAGCCAAGCCUGUUCUUUUAGCUGUAGUUUUGCUAGAUAGUAGAUAG